AUGAAGGCAACGAGGGUGCUGCAAAGUCUGGCUCGCCAGCAAAAUGCCCCUCGCGCUUACAGCACAGUCCACGAUCUCCCUCGUAGUGGCAGCACGGGGCUCUCUCAACCUCCACCUCCAGCACCUCAAGUAGGGGACCCCUCUACCGCAUUUCAACGUGCUACCACAGCAAGCGGGCCCCGCAAUGACUGGACCAAAGAAGAGAUCGCCCACAUCCACCAGACACCUCUGAUGCAACUUGCCUUUGCAGCCGGCACCUUGCACCGCCGCUUCCACGAACCCGGCCGCGUCCAGCUCUGUACCCUCAUGAACAUCAAGACCGGAGGCUGCAGCGAGGAUUGCUCAUACUGUGCACAGUCGUCGAGGUAUAAUACAGGCUUGAAGGCUACGAAACUGUCGACUGUUGAUUCUGUGUUGGAAGCUGCGAGGAUUGCGAAGGGUAAUGGCAGUAAUCGCUUCUGCAUGGGCGCCGCAUGGCGCGACAUGCGAGGCAGAAAGUCAGGGCUCAAGAACAUCGUUCAGAUGGUCAAAGGAGUCAGGGAGAUGGGUAUGGAAGCUUGCGUUACCCUUGGGAUGCUCAACAAGGAGCAAGCCCUGGAAUUGAAAGAGGCGGGGUUAACGGCCUACAACCACAAUCUAGACACCAGCCGAGAACACUAUCCUAAUGUUAUCACCACAAGAAGCUACGAUGAGAGACUUGAGACGAUUGAGAAUGUACGACAGGCCGGCAUUCAUGUCUGCAGCGGAGGGAUACUAGGGCUUGGAGAGACACCGCAAACAGACCAUGUCGGAUUGAUCCAUACACUUGCUACACUGCCAUCGCACCCUGAGUCGUUUCCGGUCAAUCGAUUGGUGGCCAUACCGAACACGCCGAUGUAUGGCAGUGAGCCUGUCAAGCUCGAAGACCUCGUCCGAUGUAUCGCAACAGCAAGAUUGGUCAUGCCGAAGACCAUCGUCAGAUUGGCAGCUGGACGAGUCGGGAUGCCGGAAAGUGAGCAGAUGCUGUGCUUCAUGGCGGGUGCCAAUGCGAUCUUCACAGGUGAGAAGAUGCUGACCACGCCGUGCAAUGGCUGGGAUGAGGAUAAGGCGAUGUUUGAGAGGUGGGGGCUUCAGCCCAUGCAUACACAGGCGAGUGAGGUACCGUCUGAGAAGGUGUUUGAGGCGAGGAGCUUCAAUGAGAUGAAGGAGAAAGGUGAGAAUGCUCCGGUCAUGGCUUGA